UAGUCUGUUUAUAAUUAUCUUCUUGUGAUGAUUACAAUAGCUUUAUUAUGUCGUCUGGAUAAAAAUUCCAGUCUUAGUCUUGAAAGCUUUUAUAAUGAGAUCUGUAAAAUUUCUCAAGAGAUUCUUCGUUAUGGCUUUAACUUUAACUGCAGUUUUUCUUUUUUUCUUCUGGAACAAUAUGGGAAUUCAAAGCUUGCAGAUCUUUGCCCCACUACCGAUACCAGUGAAGAACAAAGUGUGUCACGUUAACUUUGAUGAUGAAAGAAUUCAACUUGUUAGUAACAAAACAGAUUUGAAAAUGAUUUAUUUCGUGACGCCGACGUACCCGCGGCCAGAGCAGGUGCCCGAGCUGACUCGGCUCGCUCACACGCUCAUGCACGUGCCCCGCAUCCACUGGAUUGUGGCCGACGACCAGCCCCUGUGCUCCGAACAAGUCGCAAAUAUCCUUAGACGUUCUGGACUUCCAUUCACACACAUAUCCAGCCCGAAGCCAUAUACAUAUAAAGUGGCCAACUUUCCACGUGGAGUAGCAAAUCGUCGAGUGGCCCUCUCCUGGCUUCUGGCUAACGUAAAUGAAGGCGUUCUCUACUUCGGCGACGACGAUAACACGGUGGACCUGCAACUCUUUGAUGAAAUUAGAGAUACUAAGAGAGUAUCCAUGUUUCCCGUGGGUCUUAUUGGAGGAUACGGCGUGUCUGCGCCCAUUGUAAAAAAUGGGAAGGUGAUCGGGUUCUUCGACUCGUGGCCGGCCGCGCGGAGGUUUCCAGUCGACAUGGCAGGGUUUGCCGUAAACAUCGAAUUUCUGAAGCCGUCCGCUACUAUGCCAUAUAUCGCAGGACAUGAGGAAGACAUGUUCCUUGUUAGUUUAGGAGUAAAGUUAGAGGACAUAGAACCAUUAGCUGAGAAUUGCUCCAAGGUGCUCGUGUGGCACACCAAAACGUUAAAAUACCCCAAACCUACUUUAAAAAUAAAUAUUAACCAAUAUGAUAAAGAACUCUCACCAAAGUACGAAAGUUUUGUGAACUUGCUCAAGGAAAUUUCUAGACAGGGAAUGGCCGUUUUAGAUGCCAAAACUGGAACAAAAACAUUAGUGAUACGCGAUAGGAACACGUAUGAAACUUUAGUUGCCCUUAAUUAAUAUACGUAUGUAUAUACCUAGUAGUCUACCUUCGGUCGUUAUUAUGUAAUUCGAUCAUCAGAUAAUGUAGGUAGCUUUUCAAUAUGGCAUAUUUUCAAGUUCCGUCUCGCGAGGUUGUUUGGGACAAAGAGUUAUGUAGGUAAACCCUGACCAGAAAUAUAUGGUCAUGCGCCCAUGCUGCACCCGUGAUCCGAUUUGAGUAAUUCUUUUUUCGUUUGAGGUGUUUGUUUGUUUACCUCUUACCUCCGAGGUGUUUCCGUAAUAUUUUUGGGUCUGAUCUGACGAUGGAAUCCAUGAGGAAUUGAGGGAACUCCUCAAUUUUUAUAGGCACGUGUAUGGGGAUAUCGGUGUUUUCUAAAGUGACUCAAGCAUUUCCUUCCGAAAACCACCAAUUUGAUGUAGUGCAACUACAAAGCCGUACCACGAGUUUCACACUACAUAUUCUUUAUCUUUUUUUUGAACGAGUGUCUUAUACCGUAUAAAGUAUAAAACACUCACCCCAACAAAAUAUCACUAUUAUACUUCAGGCUUAUAAUUAGUAGUAGUAGUAGUAGUAGUAAUCACUAUUGUACACAACACAGGUUUACAAAAAUAAAUUACAGUAAUGGAAGUACAAAGGCGAACUUAUCCCUAUAAGGGAUCUCUUCCAGCUCAGCUAACCUUCGAGUAGAUGAGUGGAAAACUAUAGCCAGGUCAGAUAGACAAACUUACAGGAUGUACAAAUUAAUAUUUAAAAAAGAAAUAACACUAUACAUUAAAAUACAUACUAGCAUACAUACAUGCAAUACUAAAUAUAUAUUAUAAUAUAUAUAAAUAUCACAAGUGUAAGAAAAUAAAAAUAAAGGUUAGUACUUAACCAGAUCACGCUGAUUGGAAAGCCAAAGCUUCUUCAGAUUAGCCUUGAGU